AUGUCUCCGGAGAACAGCGAUGUCGGGCAAGAAACCGUGACCCGCCCUGAGGCCGAAGAGCCGACGAAAGACGAUAGCAGAAGCAGCAGCAGCGGCAGCAACCACAACCAUGACGCACCGCAGAGCUCGACAGGGGCUGGUCAGACUAAAUGCUCCAUCUGCCAAAGCACCUUUCGAAGGCCAGAGCACUUAAAGCGCCACUUUCGCAGUCACACAAAGGAGAAGCCGUUCGAGUGUGCGCAGUGUGGCCGACAUUUCUCCAGAACGGAUACUCUCCAUCGUCACGAACUCAGUCAUCAUAAUGCUGGAAUGGAAGGGGGAAAGGAUCGUACGCACCGGAUCACCGUCAAAACCUUCCGCGCUUGCUAUAAAUGCGCCAUAGCAAGGGUACGAUGCAGUGGGGGCUCGCCAUGCGCACGUUGCGAGAGUCGAUCCCUGGAAUGUCAGUAUCCGACCGAGAGACGAUCGAAGGCAAAGACGCGGAAGGAGAGUCAGCCCUCUUUUACAAGAAACGACGCAUCGUACGAUCAAUCUUCUCAUCUGGCGCAGACCACAUGGACAAAUGGCACCGACUUGCCUCCUUCACGCAAUGGAGAACAAUCAAUGCCGCCGCCCUUUCAUUACCAGAUGACACAGUUUCAGCUACAGAUGCCCAUGUCGAAUGCAUCCAACGCAGUCUCAUCUAAAUUGACCGCAGAUCACAACAAUAUAGAACCGGGAAACAGGCGUUCGGAUGAGACCAGGAUGAAUGGGCAAACUUCCAGCGCCGAAGACAAUUCUACUUUCUCAUCCGUGCGCGAUUCUACUAGAGAGGUCAAGAAGAUGCGGGUCCCUUCUGUGCAAUAUGGUGACGCGGGAACACAAGGGUUAUACUCACAAAUCGCAACAUCGACUGAAGACAUGACAGAACCCGCUCACCGAACUGAGGGACUCCAGUCCGCCAAAAGCUCUAAUAGGAUAGCGAUGAUGCCAACAGUGGGAAGUCAGCAGGUACCAAUGGAACUAAUACAGCCUUUACUGGAUCAGACCACUGCUCCUACAAUCAACUGGUUGCCUCAGAACCUUGGUAAUGUGUCUAGCAACCGCCGUCAUUCGACAAAUACCUACCAAAAGACCUCCGGAAUUCUAGAUACCUCCCUUAAUCAAGCUUCGUGGUAUCCAUCCGCCAUUCAUGGUGCUGAUAGUAGCUCAUUGGUGUCAGAAAAUGUCUCUCAGACACCAUCCGGGUACACGUCUCUAGGUGGUACCACCGAAAGCCCAAGCCAAUCACAUCUGAACCGGCGUGCUAGAAAUCACUCAGUGGAUGGUGCUAUUCCGAACUCAUCGAGCUCUAGACUGAAUCAGGACUCUUGGUCUUUAUUAUGUGCCGCUUCCGCGGAUGCGUCGUUACAGCUGCAGCAAGCGAAUACCCGGCGUCAAUACUUGUUCCCUCAAACUACAGAGACGAGGGACCAUGCCACGAACGAGAUUAAGAAUGGCUAUCGCCACGUACUUGAACCAUCGACAUAUGAGAGGAUACGCAGUGCAUUCAAUCAAUUGUGCUGCGUGGAGAGUAUACUGUAUCCAAAGUUUGAAACCGAUCACUUGCCUGGUGCGGAGACACUGUCAAGCUUUAUUGAUUUAUACUUUGUGCAUUUUCAGCCUGUUUACCCAAUAUUUCACACUCCUACGUUCGAUAUAAACAAGUGUCAUUGGAUAGUGGUGCUAGCUUUGUCGGCCGUUGGUUGCCAUUUUGCUGGUUCCCAAGAACAGAUUGAGUGCGCACCGGUGUUUCAUGAGUUUCUUAGACGCGCUACGAAUGUUGAGGAAGAAAAGUAUCUUGUCGAUCGAGCACCAGUGUGGCUUCUCCAAGCAUCAAUCCUCAACUGCGUUGGGAUACUCUACAGUUGUGAUGAACGGGCUAGGCUUUUGGCGUUGAAUACCUUUGGCAAUUUGGUAGGCUUUGUGAACCGCGAGAAACUUCUUGGUCACAGACCUAUACAGUCUUUAAACGGGAAGACGAACGAGCAGCGCUGGGUGUCCUGGGUCGGGGAUGAGAUCAGAAGACGUACAGGCUACCUGAUAUGGCUUCUCGACUGCACCAUAGCAUACCAUUUUGACAAGCGCCCUUUGCUGUCUCUUGACGAGAGCCAAGCAACACUGCCUUCCCAUGAAGCUCUUUGGGAGGCAGAAUCUCCAGAGGCCUGGGAAGAAGUACGGAGAGGAAUAUCAGACCAGAAAGAAUCCUCCCUUUAUGAUGCCGUCCUUAUAAUGUACAUCGAGAAGGAGCUUGUACCUGAUCUCGGAGAGUUCAGCCAGCUUCUUCUCAUUCACGCGUUAUAUCACCGUAUGUGGGAGGUGGGAGACUACUUCCGCCGCCCCUUAUCCUUCUGGAACCCAACCUCGAAAAAGCAGUCACGGCAUUCUGCACUCCCAUCUGGCUCUGUAUGGCUACCUGGUAUACCAUCGUAUUCCAAAUGGCGCAACAGUGCAUGUGACUGCCUCGAUAUUCUCCAUUGGGCUGCUGGCAGCAUAGUAAACAGGUCUGCUGGCCUCGAACAUCCCACAAUCUUGCAUCUCCAUUUGGCUCGUAUAAUUCUCCUUGCCCCGUUUCGUGAAAUGCGGACACUCGCAACAUCUCUGGCAAUGGAAGAAUCCCAUUGGCAUGAACGCGAACAGACCCUUGAAUGGCACUACAUAUUACGCUGGGUCAAACAUGACCAGUACAAGGCCCGUCUGGCAGUUGUACACGCAGGCGCAGUGCUAAGACAUGCCCGCGAUUUCUCAAGCCGGUCGUUCCAUGAGCCAGUCGCAGUCUUCCUGGCAACCCUACUUUUAUGGGCGUAUGGCGCAUGCUACCCCUCACUAUCUGACAUGACGAGCUGCCGUGAAGCAGGACACGGCAUGCCAGAAAAACCUCUAUUUAUUCAUCUCGACAGACCCUGCGAUGAUGAACUAGCCCAACUUUUCGUGCGCGAAGGCCAUGGCAUGAAAGCUGUCUUGACCGGUGUUGGGGAUGUAUGUGCUCCGCAAGGACCAGUGGAGACCCUCAAAGCUGGUUGUCGGAUACUUGCUGGCCUUUCGUCGUGGGGAAUCUCGAAACGAUUCACCGCAAUCUUGGGCAAGCUUUCAGAGAUCACAUCCAAGUCGUAG